AUGCAGCUCGCGCCCGACGUCGGGGCGGGGUACGAGCUCGACAUGGGCGGCGGUGGUAUGGCGCCGAUCGCUGGACGGCGGUAUUCGGCGGGCGGGGCGCAGCAGGAUUAUAUGAAGCUCGGGGACAUGCGGUUGGCGGACAGCGCCGAUCUGAACGAGAUGGGGCUGAUGUCGGGGAUGGGCAUAGGUGUGGGCAUGAACCCCGGCAUGGGGAUGGCGCAGUCGCAGCCGCAGCAUCAGGCGGGUGGCCAGCAGGGCGGCGUGCAGGGCGGCGUGCAGGGCUCAAUGGCGGUGAGCAAGGUGAACGUCACGACGCACGCGACGAAGGACGCGAGCGAGAAGAGGAGGAAGGUGGACGCUGCGUUCAUAUGCCCGGUGGUUGGAUGCGGAAGCACGUUCACCCGGCACUUCAACUUGAAGGGACACAUGCGAUCCCAUAACGAGGAGAAGCCGUUCAAGUGCAAGUGGCCCGGGUGCCAGAAGAGCUUCGCGCGUCAGCACGACUGCAAGCGUCACGAGAAUUUGCAUCUCAACAUCCGGCCGUUCACGUGUGAGGGGUGCAAGAAAACGUUUGCGAGGAUGGACGCCCUCAAUCGACACUUGCGUUCGGAAGGCGGCGCAGAUUGCCAGGCGCACCAGAAGGAGCUCACGUCGGCGGACAGCGUGAACGGGCUUGGGUUCCCGAACAUCGCGGACGUCAUGGAUCCAUCCUCGGCGUCGUCCUCUGGGCCUAUCCUCACGAAGACCGAGCCGGACUGGGGCUCGGGGGUCCUGAUGUAA